GAGGAAGAACCGCCGAAGCCAGCUCUGGCAGAGGCGCUCUCGGCUUCCGAGGGGGAGGUGCUGGGCAAGGAUUCAUGUUUGGAUUAAAUUGGGAGGGGAGUGUUGGCAGCCCAGCGCCUGGCACGGCCUUCAGGUUGGGAGCCGCUCGGAUCGCGAGGAAACCUCCUCCCCGAUGCUCGGAAGGUAGAGUGCUGAGCAGCUCCGCGUAGCCCGAGCAGCCCCGGCCCGGCCCGCCCGCCCGGUCCGGCCCGCCCGGCACCCGCCGCCGCCUCAGGAUGGACGGCUUCUAUGACCAGCAAGUGCCUUACUUGGUCAGCAACAGUCAGCGUGGGAGAAGCUGUAAUGAGAAACCAGCAAAUGUCAGGAAAAGAAAAUUCAUUAACAGAGACCUGGCUCAUGACUCAGAAGAACUCUUUCAAGAUCUGAGCCAAUUACAGGAAACAUGGCUUGCAGAAGCUCAGGUACCUGACAAUGAUGAGCAGUUUGUCCCAGACUAUCAGGCUGAAAGUUUGGCUUUUCAUGGCCUCCCCUUGAAAAUCAAGAAGGAGCCCCACAGCCCAUGCUCGGAGCUGGGCUCGGCCUGCAGUCAAGAGCAGCCCUUUAAAUUCAGCUAUGGAGAAAAGUGCCUCUACAAUGUCAGUGCCUAUGAUCAGAAGCCACAAGUGGGAAUGAGGCCCUCCAACCCCCCAACGCCGUCCAGCACGCCUGUGUCUCCCCUGCAUCAUGCUUCCCCAAAUGCAGCCCACACCCCGAAGCCUGAUCGGGCCUUCCCCACUCAUCUCCCGCCAUCCCAGCCCAUCCAGGAUAACAGCUACCCAGUGGACCACAGAUUUCGACGCCAGCUUUCUGAGCCUUGUAAUUCCUUUCCACCUUUGCCUACGAUGCCAAGGGAAGGACGUCCAAUGUACCAACGCCAGAUGUCUGAGCCAAACAUCCCGUUCCCACCCCAAGGUUUUAAGCAGGAGUACCAUGAUCCGGUUUAUGAACACAGCACCCUGGUGGGCAGUGCGGCCAACCCCAGCUUUCCCCCACCUCUGAUGAUUAAACAGGAACCUAGAGACUUUGCCUAUGACUCAGAAGUGCCUAGCUGCCACUCCAUUUACAUGCGGCAAGAGGGCUUCCUGGUGCACCCCAACAGAACAGAGGGUUGCAUGUUUGAAAAGGGCCCCAGGCAGUUUUAUGAUGACACCUGCGUGGUCCCAGAGAAGUUUGAUGGAGAUAUCAAACAAGAGCCCGGGAUGUACCGUGAGGGCCCUACCUACCAACGGCGGGGUUCCCUGCAGCUAUGGCAGUUCUUGGUGGCUCUCCUUGAUGACCCUUCCAAUUCCCAUUUCAUUGCCUGGACUGGCCGAGGCAUGGAGUUUAAACUGAUUGAGCCUGAAGAGGUGGCCAGGCGCUGGGGCAUUCAGAAGAACAGACCGGCCAUGAACUACGACAAGCUCAGCCGCUCGCUCCGCUAUUACUACGAGAAGGGCAUCAUGCAGAAGGUGGCCGGAGAGAGAUAUGUCUACAAAUUUGUUUGCGAUCCCGAGGCACUUUUCUCCAUGGCCUUCCCAGAUAACCAGCGCCCGCUGCUGAAGACAGACAUGGAGCGACACAUCAAUGAAGAGGACACUGUGCCUCUGUCCCACUUUGAUGAGAGCAUGGCCUACAUGCAAGAUGGCGGCUGCUGUGACCCCCACCCCUACAAUGAGGGCUAUGUGUACUAGCUACUGGGACAGCAUGGCUGGGAGAUGGGCCCCUCCCAGGUCUUUUCCUCCUUCGCCAAACAUGGAGAAGAGGAAAAACUUCAUUUUGUUUUUUUAAAAGAAUAGUCUCUCUCUCACACACACACACACACACACACACACACUCUCGGGGUUUUUCCUGUUGCAUCAUCCUAUGGUCUGCCAUGGACAGAGCACUUUACUAGAGGGGGGAGGGGAGGAAUCUAAACAUUGAGUCAGUGUAACAGGAAGAAGGUGGGGGUGGGGGGUGGGGAUUACUUUUUACGUAGGCUUGGGAAGGGGUCAUACAGGUUUGAAGUACAAUGAAGCUAUAUCAUGUCUCUUUUGUUUCAUAUCAACAUAAGAUAAUGUACAUUUUCUCUGGGUAUCCACAGCACAGUUAAUUCUCAUUGUAUAAAUAACCACCAGGAGAAUCUUGGCAGAGGAACGAAAAUGCCUUGAGUAUUUGUCUUGUCAUGUCUAAGAAUCUGCAGGUGUCCGGGAGAAGCUCCCCAUGUACACUGCUGGGUUUGGUUAUUGGGCGUGGCUAGUUUUGCACCUACUCUUUUUCAAGAUAUAUUUAAAUAAUGCCACAAGCAAGCAUCUUCUCUCUCUCUCUCUCUCUCUCUCUCUCUCUCUCUCUCUCUCUCUCUCUCUCUCUCUCUCUCUUCCCCCCCCUCUUUCCUCUCUCCUCUCUCCUCUCUCCUCUCUCCUCUCUCCUCUCUCCUCUCUCCUCUCUCCUCUCUCCUCCUUCUCUGUCUCUGACUUUAUUUUUGCACCUGGCUCUAUAAGGUGGGAAAUUUUCUCUGAAGCUGAUUGUGUCCACCACAACCCAUUCCUGACUCUGGUUCCCAGUGGAGCUGCAGACUAAUUAAUAACAAUAUGUGUGUGUUUGGACACAGCCCAUUGGAUCCAUUAGGGGUGGGGCAGCACAGCAAGCAAAGAACUUGGGGCUCCUUGAGGUUCGAAGUACUGUCAAGUCUGGGAUGCUGUUUUCAGGGCUGGGGAGAGAAGGUUUGUCUUUUUUCCUACAGUACAGAGAAAAGUUAUUUAGCCAAUAGGAAUUAACUGUACUCAGUGACAUAUCUACUUCCGCUGUUAUAGAUGCGGUGUGCACUCCUUGAGAAAAGACUAUCGAAUACACUAACUAGGUACUUUAGUAAUUUUUAGACACGGUACCCAUGAAUAUGCAUUUAAGCCUUUUUCUGCUGUGUUAUGUUGAUGACAUAUAUAAACACUAGAUAACGCUAAUGCUUCUGCUGCUGCCUUUUCUGUCAUGUUCUCUUUGAGGCUGAAUUGACAACGACCAUUGAUAAACAAGGCCGUUAGCUACAGGUAGCAUUUCAGGACAAAAUAGAUGACUUGAAACAUUUAUUGCUUAGAAAAUAGCUUAUGCCAUAGCUGGACUCUCGGCAGCUUCCUGUGCAUCAACAAAUGAAUCAUGAGCUUCAGCUUGCUGAGGGACGCUCUGUGGGGACUUUUGUAACUUUCCACAGAAUGGGGACUCAUUGGCAGACUGUCCAAGAAUACAAUGAAGUUGCUGUAUGACUUGGUGGUGCUGGCACUGAUGUUAUCCAUCAACUUGUCUUGGAUGCUCAAUGAAAAUGGGUUUGAAAGAAGAUUUAAAGUUUUUAUGGUGUUUGGUUUUCUUUUUCCUUUUUUCUUCUUUUUUUUUUUUUGUUUUUUCCUUUUGGGAGAAUCAUGAAAGCUGGAUUUUUUAUUCCACUUGGGUUGAAAAAAAGAGAUAUCAGAAAUGUUGCAUUUUUACUAUUUCUGAUCAGCUUUCUCCAAGGAUCCCUUUCUCAAUUCAAGAAAAGAACAUGAGAUUUGGGGAUUUGGGCAGAUUGGAAAGCAGGGUACUUCUGAGGAAACAAGGUGGUCCUUGGUAACCAACUCUUAGAAGAAUGUUCCUGAUUGCACCUCCAGAGUGACACCAAGGAGUCUCCCUGAAGAGCAGAGGGACAUGAAUUCUCUCCCACACAUCUCCACUCUGGAUGGCCAUUUAGCUCUCCAAAUAUAGCAGUGAUGGAGGACCCCAGAUACAAUAAAUGAGACCCAUACUCUGUACAAUGGACGUUCAAUCCUAUAAGCAACAUAUUGUAGGCAUGUGUUCUUAUGUGCACGUGAAUUGGAAUAAUGGGCUAAUGGGGAUAUCUUGAAAAUUAGUUCUAUAUAUAUAUAUAUAUAUAUGUAUAUUUUUUUUUGUCCCUCCUACCCUGAGCUCUUGUGGCCAUUAACUUCACUUAAAAUAAAAUAAAGAAGACUCAGCAUACAUUUUGUUGGGAUGGAAAUUUGGGUCCACAAAGGAAAUACACUUUGAGGAGCUACGUUGAAGAGUCCAUCCAAAGGAGUCUGCCUAGAGAAUUCUUGGCUAGUUUGGGUUCUUUAUGUCAGUGUAGAGAGCAUCUCUAAUCUGGAGCAUAAGGGGAUCAAACAGCAUCUGCAUCCAUUAUGUAAUUAAUAUUUAAGGAUAAAAAUAUAUGUUAUGCUGUAUAAGGUAGUGACUCACUGAAUGAAACAAGAAACCAGUCCAAUGUUAAGUCAUUUCCCAGCAAAAGAAGGAAAAAAAUAUAUAGAGAUAUAUAUAUAUAUUUCAUUGAACUUUCAACUCUUUAAAAAAAAGUACCUAAAGAUUUAUUUAAAGUUUUGUUUUUAUUCCAUUUUGAUUUUGUUUUGUUUUCGGGUAGAUUAAUAAACCUGGCAGCUGAUUUCUGCAA